AGGCUGGUGGGAGCCGGCGCCAAGAUGACCCAGGCGGAGAAGGGAGACGCGGAGAAUGGGAAAGAGAAGGGCGGGGAGAAGGAGAAGGAGCAGCCCGGCGUGAAGCGGCCCAUCGUGCCCGCGCUGGUGCCGGAGUCGCUGCAGGAGCAAAUCCAGAGCAACUUCAUUGUUGUCAUACAUCCAGGUUCAACAACUUUAAGGAUUGGUCGAGCCACCGACACACUUCCUGCUGGCAUUCCUCAUGUCAUUGCACGAAGACACAAACAACAAGGGCAGCCCCUAUACAAGGACAAUUGGCUCCUAAGAGAGGGACUAAAUAAACCUGAAAGUAAUGAACAAAGACAAAAUGGCUUUAAAAUGGUGGAACAAGCAAUAUGGUCUAAAAAGAUGUCAAAUGGUACAAGACGGAUUCCUGUGUCCCCUGAACAGGCACACUCCUACAAUAAGCAGAUGCGACCUGCAAUUUUAGAUCACUGUUCAGGAAAUAAGUGGACAAACACAUCUCAUCACCCUGAGUAUUUGGUAGGAGAAGAGGCCUUGUAUGUUAAUCCAUUGGACUGUUAUAAUAUUCACUGGCCUACCAGGAGAGGCCAGUUAAACAUUCACUCAGGCCCGGGGGGCUCCCUUACAGCUGUUCUGGCAGAUAUUGAAGUAAUAUGGUCCCAUGCAAUACAAAAAUACCUGGAAAUCCCACUGAAAGAUUUAAAGUAUUAUAGAUGUAUCUUGUUAAUUCCUGACAUCUAUAAUAAGCAGCAUGUGAAAGAACUAGUGAAUAUGAUACUAAUGAAGAUGGGUUUUUCAGGAAUCGUGGUCCAUCAGGAGUCUGUGUGUGCCACCUUUGGAAGUGGCUUAAGCAGUACUUGUAUUGUAGAUGUUGGGGAUCAGAAAACAAGUGUGUGUGUGGAAGAUGGAGUGUCUCAUCGGAACACUCGGCUCUGUCUGGCAUAUGGGGGAUCUGAUGUGUCAAGAUGUUUUUACUGGCUGAUGCAGCGAGCUGGGUUUCCUUACAGAGAAUGCCAAUUAACAAAUAAAAUAGACUGCCUUCUUCUGCAGCACCUUAAAGAAACUUUUUGUCAUUUAGAUCAGGACAUCUCUGGGCUUCAGGACUAUGAGUUUCAGAUUCGACAUCCAGAUUCUCCUGCCCUACUUUACCAGUUUCCAUUAGGAGAUGAAAAACUCCAGGCUCCAAUGGCUUUGUUUUACCCAGCAACUUUUGGAAUUGUGGGACAGAAGACGAUGACUUUGCAGCACAGAUCCCAGGGCGAUCCUGAGGACCCUCAUGAUGAGCAGUACCUUCUGGCCACUCAGAGCAAGCAGGAACAGUCUGCAAAAGCUACUGCUGACCAAAAGUCUGCAUCCAAACCCAUUGGAUUUGAAGAUCUUCGUGGCCAGUCCUCUAAUCUUCCAGAAAGACUUCAUUCCCAAGAGGUGGAUUUGGGGUCCUCCCAGGGAGACUGCCUGAUGGCUGGCAAUGAUUCUGAGGAGGCCCUCGCUGCACUGAUGUCCAGAAAGACUGCCAUCUCACUGUUUGAAGGGAAAGCCCUGGGCCUGGACAAAGCCAUCCUUCACAGCAUAGACUGCUGUUCAUCUGAUGAUACCAAAAAGAAGAUGUACAGCUCCAUCCUUGUGGUGGGAGGUGGUUUGAUGUUUCAUAAAGCUCAAGAGUUUCUGUAACACAGAAUUCUCAAUAAAAUGCCACCUUCAUUCAGACGAAUUAUUGAAAAUGUGGAAGUGAUCACAAGGCCUAAGGACAUGGAUCCCAGGCUCAUUGCAUGGAAAGGAGGGGCAGUGCUGGCUUGUUUGGACACAACACAGGAACUGUGGAUUUAUCAGCGAGAGUGGCAGCACUUUGGUGUCCGCAUGCUGCGGUAGCGGGCUGCUUUUGUAUGGUGA